AUGUUAAACAAUUUAAUAACUAUCAUAGCAGAAUGUCAAAUCAACUUAGAACAAAUAAAGCAGCUCUUUAUUGACCCCCAUUAGGCAUUCCAGAUGCUAUCCUCCAAUGGACACGAUAUCGACCAGUCCGAUAUCAAAAGAUUUAUAUCUCUAAAUGACGAGGAAAUCAAACAUCUAAUCAGCCAAUUCAAUUCCAACUCCCAAACACGAUUUACAUAUCCAGAUUUUAUUAAUUCUCUGAAACUGAAUAACAACACGCAUGUCAAAGAGGCACUCAUCAAACUUUUAUAAUAGGAGGCAAUCAAUUUUAAUAAAGUUUAAAUACUCAAAGAAGAUGGCAAUUUCAAUCCUACUGAAUUGUUUCAUUAAAUUGAUUAGUUUGGUAAAGGCUACAUUACAAGCAGGACCUUAAAAAAAUGUACAAAUUUAUCUAACGACUACAUCUCUGCCUUUUUUAGAUUUCUCAAUAAAGACAGUGAUGGCAGAAUAUUCGAAAGUGAAUUUUUAUCUGCCUUCAAAUCCUCACAAAAACAACAAUUAGCUGUGUAAUACAAAGACUUGAGAUAAAGUCAAGAGAAAGAAAAAUAGAUUAUUUAAUAAUGCUAAUAGAUCUAAUAAAAUCUGUAAAUGAGUGAGGAGAAAAAUAGUCAAUCCAGGAUUAAAUAAGUCUAACAGUUGUUAUAGAGCAGAUAAAAUCUAGAAAGAUCCAAGGGAUAAACCUCCUAUUCUUCUUUACUAAAAGUAAGGUAGCAAUUGUUGUAAAUCGACAAUAUUAGAAGGAACUCUUAACGGGAGACAUUUGAAAGACUUCUCAAAUACCAACAUCAACUAAUCAAAAAUAUCAAAGAGAAAAACGAAGAGACCACUCAAAAAUAAAAAAAUCUUAGUAGUCUCCAUGAUUAAUUGUAUACUAUGAGAACGCAACAAGACUUAAGUCUCAAGAGAAAAAGAGAGUAUAGCAUUCAUAGCUAAUCUUAAUUAUGAUUAAUUUUUUUUAUGGACUAUUUUUACAAAUUUUAAUG